AUGAUUACCGGCGUCACGACUACCGACACCAUCAAACCAACUCCGACCAAUGUCAAGGUUCUGAAGGAAAGCGUUGUUAGGCAUCUUGUCCCGAAAGCUCCUCUAAACCUGCAUACUGAUAUGCACAAACCAGCCGGAAGCCAAACAACGACCUCUGACUCAGGCAUACUUGUAGAGGUUCAAUCGGAUCAUCAAGAAGAAAAAGCUCGUCACGAAAGAAAGCGUUCAUCUCCUGAGAGUCAUGGAACCCAAUUAUCUGCGAAGAAGCCGCGUGAAAGUGAUGAUGAAACCUUGAAGAAAAUGACUGAUGCUUGCAAAACAAUACUCGAAUGCAUCGGUGAAGACCCGGAUAGAGAGGGCCUACAGAAGACACCAACGCGGUGGGCUAAAGCGCUUCUGUUUAUGACACAAGGAUACUGCGAGAACUGCAAAGAAGUUACAAACGGGGCAGUUUUCUCCGAGGAUCAUAACGAAAUGGUCUUGGUCCGCAACAUUGACAUUCACAGUCUAUGCGAGCACCACAUGGUCCCCUUCACUGGAAAGAUACACAUUGGUUAUAUUCCCAAUGGGAAAGUUAUUGGCUUGAGCAAGCUUGCAAGAAUUGCUGAAGUUUUUGCAAGGAGGCUUCAGGUGCAAGAACGAUUGACGAGACAAGUUGCGGAGGCAAUAGUGGAGACUGUUGAGCCGCUGGGAGUAAUGGUUGCAAUGGAAUGUUCACAUAUGUGCAUGGUCAUGAGAGGAGUCGAAAAGGUGGGAGCUUCAACUUUCACUUAUUCUGCUCGUGGUUGUUUUGAGAGUGACAGUGGGAAACGUACAGAAUUCUUCAACAUCAUCGCAAAUAAUGGAAUGAGAUCAUGCUAG